GACCUGGCCUAAGAUGGGUAGCGUGCUCUUCGCAGCUGUCUUCAUAGCAUUACACUUUGCCACCGGCGGCCUGGCCAACCCAGAUGCUAAGCGACUGUACGACGACUUGCUGAGCAACUACAAUCGACUCAUACGACCCGUGGGCAACAACUCCGAUCGUCUGACGGUCAAAAUGGGUCUAAGGCUGUCCCAACUGAUCGAUGUGGAGUGGAACGACUACAAAUUGAAAUGGAAUCCCGACGAUUACGGCGGCGUGGAUACCCUGCAUGUGCCCUCCGAGCACAUAUGGCUGCCGGAUAUAGUACUAUAUAACAACGCCGAUGGCAACUAUGAAGUGACAAUAAUGACAAAAGCAAUUCUUCAUCAUACGGGCAAAGUGGUCUGGAAGCCGCCCGCCAUUUAUAAAUCCUUCUGCGAAAUUGAUGUCGAAUACUUUCCGUUCGACGAGCAGACAUGUUUCAUGAAGUUCGGUUCGUGGACAUACGAUGGUUACAUGGUUGACUUGCGGCAUUUGAAGCAAACCGCCGACUCGGAUAACAUUGAGGUGGGCAUCGAUCUGCAGGACUACUACAUCUCAGUCGAGUGGGAUAUUAUGCGUGUGCCGGCGGUGCGCAACGAGAAGUUCUACAGCUGCUGCGAGGAGCCCUAUCUGGACAUCGUGUUCAAUCUGACGCUGAGGCGGAAGACGCUCUUCUACACGGUCAAUCUGAUCAUACCAUGCGUCGGCAUAUCAUUCCUGUCCGUGCUGGUCUUCUAUCUGCCCAGCGACUCCGGCGAGAAGAUUUCGCUCUGUAUCAGCAUCCUGCUGUCGUUGACUGUGUUCUUUUUACUGCUGGCCGAAAUUAUUCCGCCGACGUCGCUGACGGUGCCGCUGUUGGGCAAAUAUCUGCUCUUCACUAUGAUGCUGGUCACGCUCUCGGUUGUGGUAACCAUUGCGGUGCUGAACGUCAACUUCAGAUCGCCAGUGACGCAUCGUAUGGCGCCGUGGGUGCAGCGCGUCUUCAUUAAAAUCCUGCCCAAGCUGCUCUGCAUUGAGCGGCCCAAAAAGGAGGACCCCGAAGAGGAUCAGCCGCCCGAGGUGCUCACAGACGUCUUUCAUUUGCCGCCAGACGUGGACAAGUUUGUUAACUAUGACACCAAGCGCUUUAGCGGCGACUACGGCAUACCAGGUGAGUUCCGCUGCCAUCUUUGCCACUUGCUAUUGAGUAUACGACACGUUGAGGAGGACUGGAAAUAUGUGGCCAUGGUAUUGGAUCGUAUGUUUCUGUGGAUUUUCGCAAUCGCUUGCGUUGUCGGCACAGCGCUAAUUAUAUUGCAAGCGCCAAGUUUGUACGAUCAAUCGCAGCCGAUUGAUAUACUAUAUUCGAAAAUAGCCAAGAAGAAGUUCGAGCUGCUCAAAAUGGGCAGUGACAACUCCUUAUAGCGACCACUUGGGUUCGCAGCGGGCUGGUGGAAUUUAAUCGUCAGCUCGUUGCGAACCCUGUUCGCCGCUCGCGACGAUGAUCGUGGAUAAUAUACAAUGAGCCAAACCAUGAGCGUCUCAUCGGUGUUGUACAACACUAACAGCAGCAACCACAGCAGUAUCAGCAGCAAUAGUGUUCUUGCCAUUGCCAACAGCGAUACCGAUAACGAUAGCGCAACGAUAACCAGCUCAUGGAGCCCAUUGUAAGCAGCGGAGCGAAGCGAACAUUGGAAAUUGAAGAAAAAUAAAACUAAAUUAUAUAAAUAAAACCAAAAACAAUCGAAMGAUUGCGAUUGCGAUUGCGAGUUUACGAGCAGUUGAUCAAAACAUGUAUGUAAAGUAAAGGAAAACAAGUAUUGUAGUGUUGCGUAACGUUAAUCACAUCAAUAACUGUGUUGCAAGAUCGACUUUGACAUACACAUGUAAAUGACACUGACACGACAGCCCUCCAUGGCUGGCAAAGCUAAGGGCUUAGCUAUUAAGUUUUUGAUGGAUGUGUGCGUGAAGGAUCAUAUUUUAUGUAUGAACCUAUGUCAGUGUUGGAUGGUUGUGCAGUGUUGCGUCAUGUAGCAGCCAGUAUUGUAAAAAAACAAAACAAAAACUAAAAACAAAAACAAAAAUAAAGUAAACGUUUUGUAAUUUGUAUUGUAUUUUUGAGCGCCAAAAAGUUCCUUGUUGAUUUUUAGUUCUAAAGUUUCACAAAAUAGAACAACAACAACAACAAAACACACAUAACAAAAUGUUUUAAAACGGCAUUUU